AUGGAAAAGCACUUAAAUACGAUGCUGGAUCUCGUCGACAAGCUGGCCGCUAUCGGUAGGAGUAUGGACAAAGACAUGAUUGUUUCGCUAAUACUUAUAAGUCUGCCAGAGUCGUACAGCACUCUUAUCACAGCUCUCUUAUCACACCUGGUCGAGAACCACCAGGUAAAUUGUUUUUUCUGCAAGGAAGCUGGCCAUUUAAAAAGGGACUGUAGUAAAUACAUAAGAUGGAAAGCAAAUAAGUGGAAGGAGCAAGCUCGUAAGGCUUGCGACGUUCAAGAUUCAGCAAACGUCUGCUUCCUGACGAAAGUAAAGGAAAUUCACAAUAGUCAAGGAGAUUGGUUUAUAUACUCAGGGGCGUCAAGCCAUAUGAUGAAUGACCGAAGAUUCUUCUCUGAUCUUACCAAUCUGGGAUCACUGGAUCUUACCCCAAUAAAGACAACAGUUCAGGUGGCCAAGAAAGGGAUAAGACUAGAGGUACACGGCGUAGGCUCAGGUGUCAUAAACUGUCUAGACGGCUGCGAUAAUCCAGUCACCAUAACUGUCAAGGUUGUCUUCUAUGUGCCACUGCUGGAUGAAAAUUUGCUUUCAGUGAAGAAAAUGACUCAGAAGGGCUUUGAAGUAUCAUUUAGCAAUACAGAAUGCAGAAUUAAGAGGGACGACAAGACACUAGCUCUUGGACACUCCCACGGAAACCUCUAUAAACUGGAUACUUUACAAGCGGUUUACAGUGCAGCAAAGGAGGAACAUCAUAAGGAUAAUUGUGCAAUACUGGGACUAAUGCAUACGGACGUUUGUGGCCCUAUGCAAACCGUCACUCCAGGAAACAAAUGGUAUAUUUUAGCAAUUAUUGACGUUUACAGUCGUUUUAUUCAAGUUUACUUGAUGAAGCAUAAAAAUGAAGCUACUCCUUUAAUCAAAGAUUAUAUAGCUUUGAUACUCGAAGAACCAGUACAAAGUGCAGAAGUAGCUGAUCAAGAACAUAAGGAAUCAAAUGAUAAAAACACUGAUAUCAAGGAAAUCGAAUCAACAUCGAAUUCAGAGGAGGCAUCAGUGAGCAUUCAGGAUGAAAAUAUCGAAGUGGAUAAGCAAGAAAAACGAGGACAAUCUGGGAGAGUGAAUAAAGGAGUGCCACCUAAUUUUUACACAGCAGGAUAUAUCGCUACGCAGGCGGACGAUGAACCGAGGGGUUUCAAAGAAGCAAUGCAUAGUGUCAAUGAAGAAGAGUGGAGAAAAGCAGCGGAAGAAGAAUUGCUCGUUAGUGAUAAAAUGGAACGUGGACGCUGGUCGAGCCACCAAAAGAUAGAAAGGUAA